GCGUGAGGCAACGGAUCCAGCCGGGUGCCUACGGACGCGGCAGCGACAGGCAACGGACCCAGCCAGACACACGUAGAGUUAAGGCCCUUGCACAAUGCUGGCGAUAGCGAUAGGAACAGAGGUAUAACGAUAGAAUAGAAAUAGUGAUAAAAAUUAUCGCAACCCUAUGCACAAUGGCGCCACAGGAAUACUAGCUAACCAAUCAGAAAUCGUAUAGUCUACCCUUCCAUCUAUUUCAAGUAAGUGGUAUAAACAUAACGCAUAACCUGUAACUUUUACCAGAAGAUUCCCCUCUGCUUUUGCAGUGUUCAAAUUCAUCUUCGACCUUGCAAUUUUUCAACGGUUCUUUAAAUAUAUACUUUGUUUUAAGUUAAAUGUUACUUGGUUAAUUUGCGAUGGAAAAUGAAGAGUUGAUGUUAUUUAUCUGUACAAUGCAAGUAACUGUAUUAGCAUUGUACACUGCAUGGAAGGCGAAAAGGGGUAAACGUUGGAAAAACCGCCGAUGGUGGGUUCGUCCCAUAAAUACAAGACGAGAAGUGUAUGGAGACUUCGCAACUCUAUUUUCAGAGUUGAAAGAAGAUGUAGAUCUCUUCUUCCGAUACACAAGAAUGGAUGUGUCCACGUUUUAUGAAUUGCUCCGACUAGUGAGCCCAUACUUGCAAAAGAGGAGUAUGAGACCAUCGAUAAGCCCAGAACAGCGUCUUGCAAUAACAUUGAGAUAUUUGGCAACAGGAGAUCAAAUGCUGUCUACAGCUCUAGCCUACAGAGUAGGAGAGUCCACGGCUCAUAUGAUCGUCAAAGAAACAUGUUCCAUUAUAGCAAAAGUUUUAAUGCCAAUCUAUGUGAAAUCUCCAACCGAAGAAAAAUGGAAGGAGAUCUGCGCAGAUUUUUUAGCUUUGUGGAAUUUGCCAAAUUGUACCGGAGCGAUCGAUGGGAAACACAUCACCAUUCAGGCACCUCCAAACUCUGGAUCUGUAUAUUUCAAUUAUAAGAAGACAUUUAGCAUCGUGUUGAUGGCCGCUUGUGAUGCCAAAUAUCGAUUUACAUUGUUCGAUGUGGGUGCGUAUGGCAGCGAUAGCGAUGGAGGAAUUUUAUCACGAUCAGCCUUCGGAAAAGCUUUAUAUAGAGGCAUACUCAACUUACCAAGAGGAACAGCUCGUCUACCAGGAAGUGAUAAGGAGACGCCUUGCUAUUUUGUUGGCGACGAAGCCUUCCAAAUGUCGAUAAACAUGAUGCGACCUUAUCCGGGCAAGACUUUAAAUGACCAGAAAAGAAUUUUCAACUAUCGACUAUCACGAGCCAGAAGAACAAUAGAAAAUACAUUUGGUAUCCUUGCAGCUAGAUGGAGGAUACUUCGAAGACCAAUUUGCGCUGGACCAGAAGCUGCCGACAAAUUUGUAUUAGCAGCAAUAUGUUUGCACAAUUUUUUAAAAGCAAAAAAUGACGAGACAGCACCACAGCAGCAAAGAUAUUGCCCUCCUCAAUUCGUGGAUAGAGAAAUUGAAGGACAGGUAAUUGAAGGAGAAUGGCGAGGAUCAAGAAAUGACCAUUUAAGUCCUAUCGGAAAAUGUGGAGCACACAGAGCUACGAAAGAGGCUUAUUUGAUGCGGGAUACUCUCUCGUCAUACUUUAUGACAACUGCUGGCGAAAUUCCAUGGCAAUACGAAUAUAUACAUCAAGGAUUACAUCGUGAUGCGAAUUGAAAUUCUACUUUUUUCGUAUAUACAUAUAUUUUGUAUACAGAAAAGUGAAAUAUUUUGUUUAUUAAUUAUAAAAUAAAUGUGUGUAAAUGGUAUUGAAUAUUAAUGUCAUGAAUACAUGUAAUACAUAUUAA